UAUAGUGUCAGUUGCGUCUUCUAGCUGAGUAAUUAACAAGCCGCCUCCUGAUAAUUACUGCGCAGUCCCUUGUAGUGGGAAAAGAGACGUGGACAAUGUCUGAGUCAAACCGGCAAGACGAGAGUCAACAAUCGACUAAAGAAGAAGACAGCAAAAAGAAAACAAAAAAAGAUAAUAUUGAAGACCUGAUUGAGCUCAUUAUAAAAGACGAAAAGACAGCCGAGGAUAACGAGAAGAUCAAACAAGAUGUCAAAGAACUACUAAAAGAAUCAGAGCAGCUAACAGCUACAGCAGCUAACAACGGUCAAAAGUGGGCAUUCUUUUUAAUGGUGAGCUACCAAUUAAAGCGAUCAGAUCGCAAAGAGCUGAUAGAACUUGGGAUCAGUUUAGUAGAAGAUGCAAGAAAUAUUGAAAAUGAAGGAAAUUCUUUCAAGGAAAUCAAGCAAAUUGUCACACCAUCAGGAUUAGAGAAUCUAUCUAAAACCUGGCAAAUGAAUCUUUUGGAAUUGUCCUUAAUGGUAUGA